UAUAAAUUAACUCAAUAGCUUGAGGGUUGAUCAGUUGCCCCUUUUCCAAAUUCCAAUCUCCUUGGCCUAUCGUCAUGGAGGUUGGAGAUCCACGCCAAAAGGCCCAAAACAAUAAGCUAACGGCAGAUAUAGUGCACGCGCUUAACCAAUGUAAGAAUGACCCUAGUAAGAAUGACCGUGUCAUAGAGCUUUGCAGUAAGACUGGAGUUGGUCCGUUGUAUCAUACGACCUUACACAAAUCAACUGUGCUUCAUAUGGCAUGUUUCCUUAAAAAUUUUAAGUUAGCAGAUAAACUCUUGGAUAUAGUUUUUGAUAAUGAUUCGUCAAUUGAAGAGCUCUAUCAAAAACUAGCUACACCAAAGAAUGCUUGGGGAUGCACUGUACUCCACGACGCAGCCACCUCCAACAAAGGAAUUCCAUUUAUUGAGAAGCUGUUGAACAAAGUACCUCAACUGCUAGAUGUAGGUAAUACCUGGGGUGAGUCUCCUCUCCUUGAGGCUAUCCGCUAUGGCCGGAGACGUAUGUACUUCUAUCUUGUCAAGGAAGUCAAGAAGUAUUGUGAAUCAAAAGGUUUAACAACGAAUGAACGCCUCCGCUUCUUAAAACGCAAUGAUAACCUCACUAUUCUUCACACAGCUAUCCUCACAAGACAAUUUGAUGUGGCGCUUGAUAUAACUGAGAGAUAUCCAGAGCUAUAUCAUGUACAAGAUCCUCAUAAAAUGACUGCUCUACAAAUGCCUGCGCGCAGUCCGACAGCUUUCAAAAGUGGAACUAUAUUAGGACCUCUACAGAAGCUUGUCUACUCAAUUGUCUCAACUGAUGAACAAGAGUUACAAGACACAACUGCAGAAGUUGGCAUGAUUCGAAGAGCCAUUAAUUUCAUAAUAAGUAGAACCUGGUGCAUAUGUCCCAUGAUAGAAGAGGUCAGAAAGCUGAAGAAGGGCAAUGAGGAUGCGCUAAAGCUUGCCAAAAAGUUGAUUGAAGAAGAUACUUCCUGGGAGAACACAUAUAUGCCACUAGAAAAUGAGGCAACUGCUCCUAAUAUACGUCAAACCCAGAAUACGCAGUCAUCAAAUAAAAAACCUCAAAAAGGCGACGAUGAAGCUCCAUUGCUUUUGGCAGCUAGAAAAGGUUGUAUUGAGAUCGUCGAAGAGAUACUGGAGGUGUACCCCCAGGCAGUGGACUACUUGAAUCAUAAUCAAGAAAAUUUGUUCCAUGUUGCAGUCAGGAGUCGCAACAUAGAAAUUAUUCUCAACAUUGUUAGUGAGAAAAACCUUUCAAGGAGGGGCCAAUUAACAGCCAUAGACAAAGACUUUAACACAAUAAUGCACAAGGUUGGUUACCAGCCAUCCAUCCCAGGAAAAGAUAACGAGAAUGGAAAGAAAAGUCCAACAGAGUUAACCACCGCAGAAGUUCUUAUGGACACGAGGAUCAAAACUCCAAUCACUGAAUUGUCCGAUGAAUUGAGUUUAUUAGAGAAAUUGGAAGGUCAUUGUCCAAAUUACCUGAUCAAUCACCGGAAUAAGGAUAAUUUGACUGCUCGGGAACUGUUUGCCAAGAAAAACGCAGACCUUCGUGAGAAGGCCAAAGAGUUUCUGAAGCAAACUGCAGAGCACUGUACAGUGGUAACCAUUCUGAUAGCCACAGUUGCCUUCGCUGCCGCGUAUACAGUACCAGGAGGUCCAGAUGAACGUACAGGGCUCCCAGUUCUCCUUGGGCAACCUUUAUUCCUGGUAUUCACAGUAACUGACGUGCUCUCUCUUGGAUUCGGAUUAACAGCGGUGGUAGUUUUUCUCACCAUACUCACCUCCCAAUUUCGGAUGAAAGACUUCCAAAGAACUCUUCCUCAAAGACUGCUUGUUGGCUUAACCCUCCUCUUCCUCUCAGUGUCAAUGAUGAUGGUAUCCUUCGCGGCAACUAUAAUUCUCACCAUUAAUACCAAGCAGCGUUGGACCAAGAUUGCACUAUACAUAGUUGCUUUCUUUACCGUCAUAAUCUUUAUGCUAUCCUACAUUCCUUUCUACAAGGAACUUCUUCAUAUUUUAAAUUACUGCAUUGUGAGGAUUGGUAGGUCACUUCCUAAGCCUACGCGCACACAAAAUCCUAAAGAUAAAGAUGCUUCAUUGAACAAGAUCGUGUGCCGUUGAUCCUCAAGCGGUAUGAUUUCUGCAGUGUGGUGCCUCUCAGCUCGCUCAGUUCAGAGUUUCGUAAUUUUUAGUAUCAGUGUUGUUAUCAUCAUUUGCCUUUGUUUGAUUUCCCCCUUAUUAUCUACCAGUACUGUCCACUAGUUCUUCCAUCUUUGGCUAUAAUUCUUAUAGCAUAUUGUACUAUUUAAUGUAAUAUUGUGUAAUGAAUAAACAGCAACAUUAUGUAUGAUAAAAGGUUGUUAUGUUGUGUGAUUCUA